AUUGGCUUCCUGUCGUCAGCCGUCGCCACGGGGCCGCCUCAUGGUAAUAAUGCCCCGCUCUUGAGGACCAUCCGGGGCUUGCCCGUGUUGGAGCUGUCCUCCGUUUGCAUCAAUUUGACGCUCUGUCUGGUGUUCCUCUUCGUCGUCUCCGUGAGGCAGAUAUCGGUCUGCAUAGGCCGGAUACGGAUUGCCAAGGACGAUUCUAUCGCGGGUUCUAGCCCGAUCAGUCGGAGCUUCGAUGGGGAGAUCUUCGUGGUUAAGAUAGGUUACGGGUUCAAGCUAUCGGUGCUUAGUUGUUUCUAUGUGCUGUUUGUGCAAGUUCUGGUGUUGGGUUUUGAUGGGACUGGCUUGAUCAGAGAGGCCUCGAGUGGCAAGUCUGCGGAUUGGUCCGGUCUUUGCUCGCCCGCGGCUCAGUGUUUAGCUUGGUUCUUGCUGAGCUUCUCGGCUGUCCAUUGUAAAUUGAAUGUGCCCGAGAAAUUCCCUCUGUUGUUGAGGGUAUGGUGGCUGGCCUCAUUUUUUAUUUGUCUGUUGACUCUGCAUGCUGAUGUGAGAGCAUUCUUGGUAGAGGGCUCUGCGCAUUGGAGUUCACAUGUCGUGGCAAAUUUCGCUUGUGCCCCUGCUCUCGCUUUCCUUUGUUACGUUGCAGCUAAGGGCGAUACUGGGGUGCAAACAAGUAGAAAUUCUGAUAUUCGGGAGCCAUUGCUUCUCGAGGAAGAAGCUGGGCCUGCGAAAGUUACCCCGUACAAUGAUGCCGGCUUGUUUAGUUUGGCCACUCUUUCUUGGCUGAACCCACUUCUUUCUAUUGGUGCCAAGCGACCACUUGAGCUUAGGGACAUCCCCCUUCUCGCCCCAAAUGAUCGAGCCAAGACCAAUUAUAAGGUGUUAAAAUCAAACUGGGAGAAACUGAAGGCUGAAAAUCCUUCGAAGCAGCCUUCCUUGGCUUGGGCGAUACUCAAGUCAUUUUGGAGAGAAGCAGCAUGUAAUGCCAUUUUUGCUGGCUUGAACACUCUAGUUUCAUACGUUGGUCCAUUCUUGAUAAGCUACUUCGUGGAUUACCUUGUUGGAAAGGAGACUUUCCGUCAUGAAGGUUACAUCCUGGCCGGGAUAUUCUUUGGUGCGAAGCUAGUGGAGACUUUAACGACCCGGCAAUGGUAUCUCGGGGUUGAUAUCCUGGGAAUGCAUGUGAGAUCAGCUUUAACAGCAAUGGUGUACCGAAAAGGCCUUCGGCUCUCUAGUGCUGCAAAGCAAAGCCAUACCAGUGGGGAAAUUGUUAACUACAUGGCAGUAGAUGUCCAGAGAGUUGGGGACUUCUCAUGGUAUCUCCAUGACAUAUGGAUGCUUCCAAUGCAAAUUGCUCUUGCCUUAGCUAUUUUAUAUAAGAACGUUGGAAUUGCUUCUGUUGCUGCUCUGGUUGCCACCAUCGUGUCCAUCAUUGUCACCGUCCCAGUGGCUAGGAUCCAAGAAGAUUAUCAAGAUAAACUCAUGGCUGCCAAGGAUGAUAGAAUGAGGAAGACAUCAGAAUGUCUUAGGAACAUGAGGAUUCUCAAGUUGCAGGCUUGGGAGGACAGAUAUCGAGUUAAGCUGGAGGAGAUGAGGAAUGUUGAGUUCAAGUGGCUCCGCAAAGCGCUCUACUCUCAAGCUUUUAUCACAUUCAUAUUUUGGAGCUCUCCCAUAUUUGUUGGUGCCGUCACUUUUGGUACUUCUAUAUUGAUGUCUCAGCAGCUCACUGCUGGCAGUGUUCUUUCUGCAUUGGCGACCUUCAGAAUUCUCCAAGACCCUCUUAGAAAUUUUCCAGACUUGGUGUCAAUGAUGGCUCAGACAAAAGUUUCACUUGACAGGAUUUCUGGGUUCCUCCAGGAUGAAGAAUUGCAGGAGGACGCAACUAUAGUCCUUCCACAAGGUACCACUAAGAUUGCUGUGGAAAUAAAAAAUGGCGAAUUCUGCUGGGACCCCUCUUCCGCAAGACCAACUCUAUCGGGAAUUCAAUUGAAAGUGGAAGCAGGGAUGCGGGUGGCUGUCUGUGGCAUGGUUGGCUCCGGAAAGUCAAGUUUUCUCUCCUGUAUCCUCGGAGAGGUUCCAAAAGUUGCCGGUGAAGUCAGAAUUUGCGGUUCUGCAGCUUAUGUCUCUCAGUCAGCUUGGAUACAAUCUGGAAAUAUUGAAGAGAACAUUCUUUUCGGUAGCCCUAUGGAUAAAGCAAGAUAUAAAAGUGUGAUCCAUGCUUGUUCACUAAAGAAGGAUUUGGAGCUCUUAUCCCAUGGAGAUCAGACCAUCAUUGGUGAUAGAGGCAUAAAUUUGAGCGGUGGGCAGAAGCAGCGAGUACAGCUUGCUCGGGCGCUCUAUCAAGAUGCGGACAUUUAUCUACUUGACGAUCCAUUCAGUGCAGUUGAUGUGCAUACAGGAUCAGAGUUGUUUAAGGAAUACAUUUUAACAGCACUAGCUACAAAGACUGUGAUAUUUGUGACCCAUCAAGUUGAAUUUUUGCCUGCUGCAGAUAUGAUACUGGUCCUAAAGGAGGGGCGCAUCAUUCAAGCUGGAAAAUAUGAUGAUCUUCUACAGGCAGGAACUGAUUUUGAAACACUGGUCUCAGCUCACCAUGAAGCAAUUGGAGCAUUAGACAUUCCAAACCACUCAUCAGAAGAUUCAGAUGAGAAUUUGCCUGGCUCUAUCAUACUUGGGAAAAAAUGCAACGCAGGAGGCAAUGACGUUGAUAUUUUGGCAAAAGAAGUACACGAGGGUAUAUCAGCCCCUGAACAGAAAGCAAUCAAAGAGAAAAAGAAAGCAAAGCGGUCACGAAAAAAGCAGCUUGUUCAGGAAGAGGAAAGAGAGCGGGGACGAGUCAGUAUGACAGUUUAUCUCUCAUAUAUGGCUGCUGCAUAUAAAGGCUUACUGAUUCCACUUAUAAUUAUUGCACAAUCGUUAUUUCAAUUUCUUCAAAUUGGAAGUAACUGGUGGAUGGCUUGGGCAAAUCCCCAAACAGAAGGAGACCAACCAAAAGUCAGACCCAUGGUGCUCCUGAUCGUUUAUAUGGCACUUGCUUUUGGGAGUUCUUGGUUUAUAUUUGUAAGGGCUGUUCUCGUGGCUACAUUUGGGCUUGCUGCAGCUCAGAAGCUCUUCUCGAGGAUGCUGACAAGUGUGUUUCGUGCUCCAAUGUCUUUCUUUGACUCUACACCAGCCGGACGGAUUUUGAAUCGUGUGUCGGUUGAUCAAAGUGUCGUGGAUCUUGACAUUCCCUUUAGACUUGGCGGUUUUGCUUCAACAACCAUACAGCUUAUUGGCAUUGUAUGUGUAAUGGCUAAAGUUACCUGGCAAGUGAUUCUUCUUGUCAUCCCAAUGGCGGUGGCUUGCUUGUGGAUGCAGAAAUACUACAUGGCUUCAUCAAGGGAACUUGUCCGUAUUGUAAGCAUCCAGAAAUCUCCAAUCAUGCAUCUUUUUGGGGAAUCAAUUGCUGGAGCCGCCACAAUAAGAGGUUUUGGGCAAGAGAAGAGAUUUAUGAAGAGGAAUCUUCAUCUUCUUGACUGUUUUGGUCGCCCAUUCUUUUACAGUAUUGCAGCAAUAGAGUGGCUUUGCCUUCGCAUGGAAUUACUCUCCACUUUUGUGUUCGCUUUUUGCAUGAUUCUACUAAUCAGCUUUCCACAUGGAACUAUUGAUCCUAGCAUGGCUGGCCUUGCUGUGACUUAUGGUCUAAACUUGAAUGCCCGCCUCUCAAGAUGGAUACUUAGCUUUUGCAAGCUUGAGAACAAAAUAAUUUCCAUAGAAAGAAUAUACCAGUACUGUCAAAUCCCAAGUGAAGCUCCGCCAGUUAUAGAGGACUCUCGCCCUCCAUCUACAUGGCCAGAGUGUGGGAUGAUUGAACUAAUUGAUUUGAAGGUACGUUACAAGGAGAGUCUUCCCUUGGUGCUCCAUGACAUAAACUGCACAUUUCCUGGGGGAAAAAGGAUCGGCAUUGUCGGGCGUACUGGAAGCGGCAAAUCAACCUUAAUUCAGGCCCUGUUUCGCUUGAUUGAACCAUCUAGUGGGAGAAUCAUUAUAGACAAGAUCGAUAUAUCUAAAGUAGGGCUCCAUGACCUUCGAAGUCGCUUGAGUAUCAUACCCCAGGAUCCGACAUUAUUUGAAGGAACUAUAAGGGGCAAUCUCGAUCCCCUUGAGGAGCAUUCAGAUGUUGAAAUUUGGCAGGCCUUGGAUAAAUCUCAGCUUGGGGAGAUAGUGCGUGAGAAAGAGCUAAAGCUUGAUACUCCAGUUCUUGAAAGUGGAGAUAACUGGAGUGUGGGGCAAAGGCAAUUAGUUUCUCUUGGUCGGGCUUUGCUUAAGCAGGCAAGGAUAUUGGUUCUUGAUGAAGCUACUGCUUCAGUCGACACAGCCACUGAUAACCUCAUCCAGGGAAUUCUCCGGACAGAGUUUAAGGAUUGCACCGUGUGCACCAUAGCACAUCGUAUUCCAACAGUUAUUGACAGUGAUCUGGUUUUAGUCCUCAAUGAAGGUCGAGUAGCAGAGUUUGACACUCCAGCACGACUAUUAGAGGACAGAUCAUCCAUGUUUCUAAAGUUGGUAACUGAAUAUUCAUCAAGGUCGAGUGGCAUACCCGAGUUUUAGUUUGCGCAGCAUGCCUGGAGGCCUUGAAAGGACUUGGAGCAUCAAAAAUGGUAAUCCAGACUGACUCACCCGAUUCUUCUCCAUUUGGUGGCGCUGCUUCAUUCAGCCCAUAAGAACAUGCAACUGAGAAGGAUCAAAAGGGGGGGGCUUUUCUGGUUCCAACUUAUCACAUGUGGCCAGGAAAAAUCACACGAAAGUCAUUCUUUGGAGCGGCAGCAUGGGGAAGUUCGUGCAUGUUCGUUCCAAUGGCUACCGAAAUAAGAAGGAUCGGUCGGAGGCAGGGUAAUAAUUGGGAGAGAGUAGGAGGGGGGUAAUUAUUGAGAUCUUGCAAUAAAAGUAGAUUGUAAAUUGGUGCACGAUGUCGUUCCAAUAUUGCAACGAAAUUUUGUAGUGCUGGAUUAGUCAUUGUGAAUACACUAGAGUCCAGUGGCCAGAAACCCAUUUUGAGGGUAGUACAGUACAGUUUUUUUUUUCAGUCUUUCUGAUCUUGUGCCCUGCUUAAUUGUGCUUUGUAUGGCAACUCAGUGAAUCCGCUUUUUCCUUUCCAA